CCUACUUUCAUUUUGUCAAUACGCGUGCCAAGUACCGAAUUUGUGUAGUCUACAAAUAUUCUUAGAGAAAAUUGCACUUUAUUUCAACAUAUGAUGCAGUUUUCUUUACGAAGUGUUAAACAGCGUGGUUGCCGCCUAGGAACUCUGUCAUUUCAAAGAGCAGCUGAGGAUGGAAAUAAUGGGGAAGUUGAGACUCCCAUGUGUAUGUUAUACACUAAGAAGGGAAGUGCUCCAUGGUUGUCAAUCGAUAUGUUGAAGAGAAUAGAAAAGUUGCCUCCCAUAGCACACAUGCAUUUAUCCUCUCUCUCAGACCAUUGUGAAGCAGUAGAGAAAUUUCAACAAGGCAUUUCCAGAUUUACAGCAAUGAAGGAUUUCUUGUCAUAUAUCUCUGUACAUGACACUGGAGUGGAGAUUCCCUCAGGAUACAACACAAAGGCUGGAACUGCUGUCUGGAACAAGGCUGGAAAGAAACUGAUAGACCCCCAGCAAUUCAUUAAAUGUCAGGAGGCUUUUCGUCCAGCAUUCUACCAGGCUCUCUCUGACAGUGAUACUGACAAGAAAUCGGGGAACAAGCGAGCUAAGAAAGCAGUGGACAGGACACUCAACUUUCUUGACACGAUAUUGGAGCUCCAUAAAAAAUCAGAGAGACUUAAGGAUGUCAGUAUAUUUGGCUGUAUUGAGGGUGGAUUUAAUGAGGAGGAGAGGAAAAGAUCUGCCAGAGAGACUGCUUCCAGGGAUGUGGAUGGAUUCGUCAUAGAAGGCUUUUAUGCCCAGAGUGAGAAAAAUGACAACUUUAAUGUGGAAGAGAUAAAAGAUAUAUGUAAAGUUGUUUUUGAAAACUUACCAGAAGAAAAACCCCGAUUAAUGCAUGCUGUUUGGUCACCUGAUCAGGUUGUUAUGGCGAUGGAGCUUGGCAUUGAUAUAUUUGACAGCUGCUACCCUUGGUUGGUAACAGAUAGGGGUGAAGCCCUUGUCUUCUCUUUUAAUUACCACAAGAAUCCUGAAAAUGAGAAAGAGGCUGGGUCAUCAAGAGGGUAUAAAAUCUCACUCAAAGAUAAAAGCAUGUUUGAGGAUUUCCAGGCCCCCCUUCCAGGUUGUUCAUGUUACACCUGUCAGAAUUUUACUCGAUCUUACAUCCAUCAUCUCCUCAACACCUCCGAACUUCUAGCUCCAGUCCUGCUCAUGAUACACAAUUUUCAUCAUUAUUUUGAGUUUUUCCAUGCCCUUCAAACAUCACUAAAGGAAGAUCAAUUCCAAGAGCUAAAGACGUUGAUACUUGAACAAAAACCACAUUGAAAGUUAAAAUGGGUAGGGGAUUAUGAUGCCGGUAAUAAAUUAUUAUAAGUGCCUAUGUAGCAAGUUUCUUUUCUAUUUAAAUGAAACUGAACACAUCUACAAAAAAAAAGAGUCAUCGGUGGAAUAAUUAUCAGAUCGGGGUCACGAAUGGCUGAGAUUUGCUUGAUUAGAGGGCAGACGUGUAAAAGCAUACCGUUUACUUUA